CCUUUUCUCCGCCCCUGGAGGUAGAAUAAGGAAGGGAGAAUAAGCCGCUGGGCGAGGGGCGGCUUGCGCGGAACGCUUUGAAGAUUCAGAGAGCCAUCCGAGUGCCAGUGGAAACCCCAGGUGACAUCCAAACCCAAACAGCCUGUGAGUGCCAUGUCUCAGCAGCUUCUCUACCGGGCAUUGGUGACUGCUAAAUGGGUGUCAGAAGUUAUCAAGUCUCCUCAAACGGGAUCAUCUGUGAAGCUCUUGGAUGCCUCUUGGUACCUUCCCAAAAUGAAACGUAAUCCCCAGAGAGAGUUUGAAGAUCGCCAUAUUCCAGGAGCCGCUUUCUUUGACAUUGAUCAUUGCAGUGACCGCACAUCACCUUAUGAUCAUAUGCUUCCCAGUGCAACAGAUUUUGCAGAGUACGUGGGCAAACUAGGAGUGAGCAGUGAUUGUCAUGUUGUGGUGUAUGAUGCAAGUGACCAGGGCUUGUUCUCAGCUCCCCGGGUCUGGUGGAUGUUCCGAGCUUUUGGCCAUGAUGCAGUUUCCCUUCUAAAUGGUGGGCUGAAGAACUGGAUGAAAGAGGGGUAUCCUGUCACUUCUGGAAAGAGUCAUCCUGCUUCUGCUGAAUUUCAUGCUUCUCUGGAUAAAUCAAUGGUGAAGACCUAUGAGCAGGUGAAGGAGAACAUUGACUCACACCAGUUCCAGGUAGUAGAUGCACGAUCUGCUGGAAGGUAUGCUGGGACGGAACCAGAGCCCCGACAAGGAAUCGAACCUGGUCACAUCCCUGGCUCUGUGAACUUUCCUUUCACAGAAUUCCUCACUGAGGCAGGCUUGGAGAAAAGCCCAGAAAUUAUCCAAAGCUUAUUUCAAGAGAAGAAAGUAGACCUCUCCAAACCUCUUGUGGCUACUUGUGGAUCAGGAGUCACCGCUUGCCACGUGGCAUUAGGAGCAUAUCUGUGUGGGAAGCCAGAUGUGGCCAUUUAUGAUGGGGCUUGGGUAGAGUGGUUCAUGCGCGCACAGCCUGAAGACAUUAUCUCAGAGGGGAUGGGGAAGAGCCUCUGAAGCACAGCCUUCUGCUGAGACAAAAAACAUUCAAGAAGGGGAUGGCCUUCAGGAUGUUCCACCUGUUGAGUGAAAUGUUUUAAUGAUGAAUUGGGGGAUUUGCCAUUCUUUAGCUUGUCUCCAUUGCUAUGUAUAGACACUGCCCAUUUUUCAAAGCAGAGAAAGCACUAAUUAUGGGAAGAUUAAUUUUGCAUUGUAACUAUGGCAAAUUGUGUCAUACUUCUGGCUAUUUAGUAUUAAUUGUUCCUCCACUGAAUCCUGUAAUUUGGUUUCUAUUCAUUUUCAUGAAAAUGCCAUAGUACAAAUAUUUUU